AUGAUGAGCGCGGCCUCCUUCCUGACUCCCCUGGGGGAGCGUCCGCCCCAGUACCGAACUCCGUCCCCCCCGCGACGCGCCGUCGAGCCCAUCACACCGUCCACCGCAGAAUUUCGUUCAUCAUGGGCCGAGCGCGGUAUCACUCGGGCUACAAGUCUGGAUGGUGAUCAACGACCGUCGAAUCAUACUCGGACCCCCGCGGUGGAUGGCUCUUCACAUCAUCGGUCGGGUCACGGCCGGUCAAACUCAACCAUCGACACUCUUGCGACCAUCGCCCUCGCAACCAGCCCGACAUUCACACCACUUCCUGAUCGCCCACCUUCCCCCCCAUCUCGAUCGACCGUGCCCUUGUUUCCUCCCGAAUCCAACACCUCCGAACGCCCCGCGAAGAGAGCUCGAUCCGAAAGAGACCCCUCACCAUACCAUGCCCGCGGCCAACCAACUCAUUCUCAUUCCCAUUCCCUUUCCGAUACCCUUUCUUACUCCCAUUCACAUUCACAAGCGCCCUCAAAUAUACAAUCCUCGAUCCCAGAUAGCAUGACAACAGAUGCCGAGCUUCUUUUAAACCUCGCCCGACCGACCAAUUUUCACCCCAGCAGCCACAAAAAACGAGUCAGCAUCGACGAGUCUCAUAACCACUACGGAGGUGACGAAUUAAGGCACAAUCGAGUUGGAUUUGCAAAUGAUGGAUACCCGGACGGGAAACAUGCAUUCCUCUCGGAGGACAGUCACCCGCCUUCGCGCAUGAGAUCUCGUUCGGAUGGCUCAGCAUUUGCACCACGUCCGGUGAUUCGGGGGGCACGUCCGACCACCAGCGCAGGGACACUACCUCCGAUUGUGUGGGAAGACGAGAGUGAGGAUAUCUCAUCAGGAGACGCGUCUCGAUAUGCUGGGUAUGGGGAACACCGGUCCACCGGCAUUUCUGAACUUGGUGCCUUGCAAAAACCGUUUGACCCGAUGCCUAAAGCUGAGGAAGACGAAGCCGAACCAAGCCAGGCAAGCUGUGCUGCAUGUCAUAUGGUUCGAAUACCAGUGCAGACAGAGGAGCAAGAAGAGGAUACCUGGAUUGGCUGUGAUGGAUGCAAGCGAUGGUUCCAUAUCGUCUGCGCUGGCUUCAAAAGCGAUCGAGAAGUGCGCACCAUUGAUAAGUUCAUAUGUCGCUCAUGUCGCCCAGCCCACGGCCAGACCACUUUUGUCCGCAAAUCCUCGCGAGCCCGUACAGCAAUUGACUACGCAGGUCUCAACCAAGGCCUUGUCAAGGCAGCUUCCGAUUCUAUGGAACACCACUACCUGGAGCCUAUUCGACAAGGGAAAAUACGCUUCCAACCGGAGGAUUUCCCCCGCAUGAAGCCCGAAUUGGUCACUGCCGAAUACUUCGAGCGUGGAAAUGGCUGGAAUGAACCCAUCGUGAUACCUGCCUGCUGGAACACCCAUGAGCCUGUCCCCGAAGUGAACCCAGACUUUGAAUCUUUGAUCAAAGAUGCUUCUACCAAGGAAAUGUUUGAUGAUCUUCUUGAGCAUCUCCCGGAACAGGAGGCCGAGGUUGAAGAGAAUAUUGACUGUGGCCAGGAUCAAUUGGACAUGGUGAUCCCCAAAGGCCUUACGGUACGGGCGGUGGCGGAACUCUACGGACCCGAAGAGAGAGUUGAGGUCAUUGAUGUCAAAUCACAACAGGGCGAGGAUAGGAGGUGGGAUAUGCAGAAAUGGGCGGAUUACUACGAGAGUAACGAACCCAACAAACCCGUCCGAAACGUCAUCAGCUUGGAGGUCUCCCAGAGCAGGCUCGGCAGACUCAUCAAGCGACCUAAGAUCGUUCGGGACUUGGAUUUGCAAGAUGCUGUCUGGCCCAAGGAGCUACAAGAAAUUGGUGACUUCCCCAAAGUGCAAUUCUAUUGCCUGAUGUCUGUUGCCGACUGCUAUACCGACUUUCAUAUCGACUUUGGUGGUUCUUCAGUGUACUAUCAUAUUCUCAAGGGCAAGAAGACCUUUUUCUUCAUUCCACCCAAGGAUAGGCACCUGAAGAAGUAUGAAGAGUGGUGCAACUCCCCUGCGCAGGAUUCAAUCUUCCUCGGAAACCAGACAAAGGAGUGUUAUCGUGUUGAUCUUUCCGAAGGGGACACCAUGUUGAUUCCAUCAGGCUGGAUUCAUGCCGUAUGGACUCCUGAGAACAGCCUGGUAAUCGGCGGCAACUUCCUCACCAGGCUGAACUACGGCAUGCAAAUCAAGGUGCUCAACAUUGAGAAGGAGACCAAGGUCCCUAGGAAAUUCCGAUACCCAUUCUUCCAGAAGAUCCAGUGGUACACAGCCCUGCGAUAUCUGGAAGAUGACCCUAUUCCCUCCAAUGUAUUCGAUUACUUCGUGCAGGAUGAGAACGCUCGAUUUCACCGAGAGUACCCCGUGUACUACGAGUUUGGAGAACUUGCCAACCAAGAAGUUCGGGGAUCGGCUUACUACAACGCUCGAUUCUAUUCCCAAGCGGAGCUUGAGGGUUUGCCUGAGUUGAUUAAGUAUCUUCUUCGGACAGCGCUCAUUGCUAGUGGCUAUCUUGUUGAAGGUGUCACGACAGAAGCUCGCAAUGCCAUCCGCCGUUCCAUCCCGAAAGCAAUCACAGAUCCUGUUGAAAUGAUUCGGAGGUUCGGAAUCUGGGUUACAUGGAAACGUGGCAAUGAGACGGCACCGCGAUGGACUCGACCGGGUGUUAUCGAAAGCAACCCCAAGGUUUCCCUCAAUGAAAAGAAGCCCGCUGGACGACCGAGUCGCCGAUCGGACCGCAAUAUCGACAGCCAGCGUACAUAUGCGGAGAGGCACCCCAUUCAGCGCUUGGAAGACAUCAUGCCAUCCCCCGCGCUCCAGGCCGAGCGCUUGGUCGAGAAUCCGACAUCCUUGCCGGCUGGUUAUACACCUGAUUACGUGGCUCCGGACGCAAUGACGACUCCAAAAUCGCGAUCCUCCGCACCACGAGGCUCCGGUCUCAGGGCCGAAGCGGCGGCAAUCGCCUCGCAAGCCGGAUUUCCGAACAAUGGCGUGGUUGGCCUUGAUGGGUUUGAGGCCGCUGGAAAAUUCCAAUCCGCAGUCAUGGGAACGUCUACUGCAGCAGCUAACAGGCUUCAUGAUUUGAGCCCUGAUGGCGCUAAUGGUGGGAAGAAAGGUCGUAGUAAGGCAUGCGACGAUUGCCGGAAGAGCAAGCGUCGUUGUAUACAUGACGAAUACGGCCGGAUAGAUCCUAUCAAGGCUCAAGAGCGAUCUAAACCCCGCAACACCACUUCGGCAAAGCGGCCUCGAACGAACGAUGAUGAGACGGUUCCCGCCUCGAAGAAGACAAAGCAAGAGAGCACAUCGCCAAUCGUGAAUCAGGGACACUUUGACCUCGGUCAGGCUGAUAGCAAGGAAGAGGUUUUGCAGGCUGUUCCGGUAACAUACGAAAACGAAGCUCUCGACCCCCAUGACCAUUCCUCGGCUUAUCAAUUCCCUUCAGCACACAUGGAAGAAGAUGUGCCUGUGAACCAAUCAUUAUACGCAUCACCACCUGCCUUUCACGCAGAGUCUGUCGAGAUGAAAGAUGCCAACUCUGUUUCUGUCUCUUCAAAGCCAACGGCCUCUCUCGUCUCACCACCCACGUCAUUAGCAGAUGAAAUGGAUGUAGUCCAAGAUGGCGAACCCAUGACCUCCGUCGAAGGCGAGGCACCGACGCUACACACACCCAAUUCAAGCUCUCGUCAUUCAUCUCGCCAACCCCGAUACAAUGAGCGCUUCGCUCUAGAGGCCGCAACGACAGCGACAGCUAAUUCAACUACUGCCGCCCGCCCACACAAGCCAACAGUGCGGACUACUCUUCCUCCCCGGAGAACCACGCCCGGUCCACACCCAGCUAAGAAACCGUCCUCUCGCCCCUCCUCUUCUCAUGCCAAAAAGAGCUCUCCAAUGGUCGAGAAGCGCGAACGUCACGCAACGACCUCCAUGUCUCCUCACCAAUCAAAGCAUAUAAACCACCACUUGGAAGAGGAGGGUCCCGAUGCGGAAAGCUUGCGCCUUAUUCGGGAACUUCAAGCUGAGGAUUAUGGAUUGCGAAGACGUCGCGGCUAG